AAUUAAAAUUAGAUGUUCCGAAUCCGCUAUCGCUUCUCAAACAUCUAACAACAUCCCAUUCGGGGUCACGUCAGAACGACCUUUUAGAUGUGAAUAAACAUUUCAGAAUUAGCCAAUCAGAUUCGAGUUUCUAAACCCGUCUCGGUUGAAGCAGAAAAAUGGCGUCGGAAGAAGUAAUGAAAAUGUUCAAUGUAAAUAAACUGAAGAAAGAGCAGGAAGAGAUACUUAAAUGCAUUAUGGACGGCAAGGAUUGUUUAGCCGUGUUACCAACAGGCUAUGGUAAGAGUUUACCAUAUCAACUGGUCAUCCCCCAACAGAGAGCGAUGGGAAAAGAGGCUCGGAAAAUUAUAGUAUGCUGCCCCUUGAUUGCCCUUAUGAAAGACCAAGUAGAAAGACUUUCCAAAAUACCAAACAUUCGGGCGAUAUAUAGAGAUGGUACCCAGGAAGCUGACCGCAUUAUUAGGGAAGGUGCUUUUGAUUACUUGUUUGGAUCCCCAGAGUUGCUUGUCGGUGAUAGCUCAUUCAGAGACCAGUUGCAUCAGUUUGGUGUAUCAACUAUUGUUGUUGAUGAGUUUCACACUAUAGCAUGCUGGGGCGAGAAGGAUGAUGAAGACAGGGCUGCAUUUAGGAAAUGGUUCAGCUACCUUGGGGAACUACGCUCCAUUUUCCCAUCUGCAUCAGUGUUGGCCCUUAGUGCAACGUGCACCCUUAAAAUUUCCAGAAGAGUCCGAAAGGUUUUGAAUCUUAAGGAAGACACAACAGAAAUUAGGCUAUCACCGGACAAACCCAACAUCAAACUUGCUGUGAAAAAAAUUGCCAAUUCUGUCGAGUUAGGAAUGGCCUGGAUGAUUGACAAGUUAGACUCUUUCCCCAGAACCAUUAUAUACUGCACCAGCAUUCGGGAUGUGUCGAAGUUGUAUAAUUAUAUCACUUCAGAAGUACCAAAUUGUUCAUCAUAUUGUGACAUGUUUCAUUCCGAGACACCCGAUUCAAAGAAGAAGAAAAUACUGGAUGACCUUUGCGAUGAAAACGGUUUCUUGAGAAUUGUCAUUGCUACCAGUGCCCUUGGAAUGGGGAUAGACAUAGUGAAAACGAACAAUGUUAUUCUAUAUGGAGCUCCAAAGCAAUUAGUGGAGGUCAUUCAGGAGAUUGGACGUGUAGGACGGGAUGGAACUCCAGCACUUGCCUUACUCCUUUAUAAUUCGUACCAUUUAAGGAAAGCGGAACAGGAGGUGAAGGAUGUGUUUAUUUCAGAAAGUUGCAGGAGAAAGGUACUUCUGAAACCUUUUGUUAAAGAAAGUGAACUUGGUUUAUUACAAGAGCCACACCAUACAUGCUGUGACAGAUGUGCGUUAUCGUGCAAAUGUAAUAACUGCCAGAAGGAUGUUUUUCUUCUUGAGAAGAUGUUACAAGAUGAACCAUCAGCCUCAGACAGUGACACAAACAGUGAUUCUACUGAACUAUAUGAUGAUGAUGCCGAACUUUUAAUGGAGUCAGACAUAGAAUUUGAAUAG